AGAACACGAGUGAGUUUCGCCGAGAGCAGUCGCGCGGUAGUUUCAAAUCAAUAAAAUCUUCUUAUAGGAGAAUCCAUUGUGACGACGUAAUGUAAUUGUGCCAUUUGUGGGGGCCCCCACACGUGAGAUAUAUAGAUUUGUGCGAGCAAAGGAAAAUUGGUCAAAUGUACGGUAUUGCUUUGAGCUCAUUCCGUGCGAGAUUGCGCGAGUGGAAUAUUAAGAGACGGAAGAGAGUAGCCUCCUGGACACCAUCCCGUGAAUUUUAAAGGCAACGGAAUUUAGCAUUACCUCUCACUUUAAUAUUUAUUUUAAACCAACACAGCCUACGCACUGAGAGUCACCACGGUCGUUAUUGUUCUUUCUGAUUAAAUUUCAUCGACACCUUGGAGGUUUGUGACCCCCCUUUUGGUGUCUUCUUCAUCAGUUGUGCCGCCACUCUUCCACACGAGAUCUUCUUCCCCACAGAGCCCAACAUUUAGAGACACCAAAACCAUUCGGGAAGAGGAAAGUGACGCGGUGCACAGAAAAGUGUUUGAAAAUGUGCACCCAACUGAUGCGAUAAGACUCUUUUUCGUUACAAACCAUCAUAGAACAUUCAUCCGCUUCAACUUUUUUCAUUCAUGGGAUUUUGCAACAAAGUGUGGUGGUCUCAGUGCCUGUGAGAGUGUCAAGAACGGAAGUGAUAAUGUUGGCGCAUGUGUUCAGAAGUUGGAUUCAAAUAGCCCUCCUUCUAUUUCUAGCUGUGAUUGCUUCCUCCAUUCCAAUCGCCGUGGAUCAGAGGAGUUCUCUAAAGUGGGGUCCAUGCAUUUGGGUGCGGGAUCGAAAGUGCCCGGAUAGUGACAUAAAAUUCUUCCUUUUCACAUCGAGAAAUCCGAGUGAACGUCAAUGCAUUUACGUGGACUCAACAUGGGAGAAGUCCAACAUAUCCACAUCUUAUUUCAACCCUCUACAUCCCACGAAGAUCAUCAUUCAUGGGUACAACUCAGACAUGUACUUAAACAGCCUUAUCGAGAUGCGAGAUGAAUACCUCCAAAGGGGUGACUACAACCUCUUCUUUGUGGACUGGAGUUACCUGGGGCAGAGUCCCUGCUAUGUAAUGGCUGUCCACAAUGCUGAUCACGUUGGAGCAUGUAUAGCUCAGUUAAUCCAUAGACUCCUGGAGACAGAAACAACAGACAUCCAUCUCAUAGGCUUCUCCCUUGGGGGUCAAGUAACAAACUACGUUGCAAAGCACGCAAAACCCUUCAGGAUACCCAGGAUAACAGGAUUGGAUCCUGCUCUGCCACUUUACAUCGGGGUGGGCAAUGACGAAAAACUCGAUCCUUCCGAUGCAUUAUUUGUCGAUGUUCUGCACACAAAUGCUCUGGUUCAAGGAAAAGUUGAACGAUGUGGUCAUGCGGAUUUUUAUUUCAACGGAGGAAUCCUACAGCCAGGAUGCUGGUCCAAUGGGCAGAACCCGAUUGUUUGUAGCCACCAUCGAGCACCAGACUACUACAUGGAGAGCAUACGGAGCUUUCGUGGUUUCUGGGGUUGGCAGUGUGAGAGCUACAUCAACUACCUUCUAGGAUUUUGUCGCCCAACCGAUAUCCUUCGUGAAGCAGGAGAGAAUUGCAAAAAUACAACGAGAGGAAUGUUCUUGAUCAAUACAAAUCCCAAUAUGCCCUUUGCAAUGGGCAAAUGGACGGAUAUCCUCAGCAAUACUGGCCUCAAAUCUAAUUUAAUUGAAGAAUAUCUAGCACCGAUUAAGCGGAAAAAUCCCCUACAGGACGAACUAGAUCAAUGGGGAAAACUCGAUGGGAAUUUCAAUAAUAUCAUGAAUUUCCCUACACCCCUCCCUCAGGAUCCAGCAAACGAUGAAUGGGUCUAUUUUAGUCAACACGGUACAAAACGCAUCACAGAACAUCUCUUUGGGACUCUCUUGGAUGAAACACUCGAGAGGCAGAGGAAUGACAUUGAGGAUAAUUCCCUGCAGGCAGGAAGUUUCGACGACGGAGAAAAACUCCAAGCAUUGACUGAAAAAUCCCCAAAUGAGCCUCACAACCCAAUACAGGAUCACAUCACAAAUCCCAUCAUCUACAGAGAAAAAGUCAUCACGGAGUAUGUGAAAAAUAUAACUGGAUACGAGGAUACGUUCCCGCUGCCACAAAACUAAAACAGUAUUUAAGGAAUUCGCGGACACAAUGCUUAAAUCUUCCAAACGAACCUGUAUUGAACAUCAACUGAAAUACAAAGUCAAAGCACGA